AUGGGGUUUGCCUUAUCUGUCUUUGCACAAUUCUUCAAAUUGGGUCUUCAACCAAAUGUUAUUACCUUCACCACUCUAAUUAACGGCUUUGUUCUCCACAAUCAAGUGCCUGAGGCUGCUCGAAUUUUCACCAAAAUGCUAGAGGCAGGUCAUUGUAAGCCCAAUGUGUUUACUUUCAGCACACUAAUUAAGGGCUUUUGCAACAUGGGAAACAACAGUGCGGCUAUUCAGUUACUUGGGAAGAUGGAAGAAAGAGGUUGCGAGCCUAACAUAGUUUCAUAUAGCACCAUAAUCGACAGUCUUUGCAAGGAUACACUAAUUGAUGAAGCAUUGACCCUCUUCUCAGAAAUGAUCAGUAGAGGUAUUGCUCCAAACGUUGUUACUUACACCUCUUUGAUUCAAGGAGUUUGCAAUAUAGGCCAGUGGAAACAAGCUACGAGGUUGUUGAAUGAAAUGGUGAGUAAAGCUAUCUUUCCAGAUGUAGUCACCUUCAGUGUCUUGGUUGAUACUCUUUGUAAAGAAGGGAUGGUUGUGGAAGCCAAGACUGUGGUUGACAUGAUGAUUCAGAGACAUAUUGAGCCUGACACGGUUACAUACAAUUCCCUUAUGGAUGGUUACUGUUUGCGAGGAGAAAUGUACGAGGCAAGACAAGUUUUUGAUCUUAUGGUUAGCAAGGGCUCCAUGGUUAAUGUUCAGAGUUGUAACAUAUUGAUAAACGGAUACUGUAAGCAGAAAAAGAUCGAUGAGGCUAACAAGAGUUUCAAGGAAAUGCAUCGCCUGGAGCUAGUUCCCAAUACUGUUACUUAUACCACUCUUAUUGAUGGUCUUUGCAAAGCGGGCAGAAUUCAAGCAGCAGAAGAGUUGUUCUCUGAGAUGCAAAGUUGUGGCCAGCUUCCAAAUGUUCAAACUUAUGCGGUGAUGCUUGAUGGCCUGUGUAACAACCAGCAACUUUCUACGGCUUUAGAAUUGCUUAGAGAGCUGGAAGCCAGAAAACUGGAACUCAGUAUUGUAAUUUACAAUAUUAUUAUUGAAGGUUUGUGCAAAGCUGGAGAAGUUCAGUCUGCAAAAGAUCUCUUCUGUGGGUUGUCAUCAAAAGGACUUCAACCCGAUGUGAGAACAUACACUAUAAUGAUUCAGGGCCUUUGUCAUCAUGGCUUAAUAAUUGAAGCAGAAAAGUUGCUGAGAGAAAUGGGAGGGAAAGGAUGUUCUCCGGAUGGUUGCACCUAUAACACCAUUAUCCGAGGUUUUAUCAAUAACAAGGAGACAUCAAGGGCUACGAGACUUGUUCAAGAAAUGCUUGAGAGGGGUUUCUCUGCAGAUGCAUCGACUAUGGAAUUGAUUGUUGAUUUAUUGUCGAAGGAUGCAGUAGAUCCUGGUUUAUUAGCAUUGCUUAAAGAUUCAGCCUGA